AUGGAUUGUCUAAAAGCUUUCUGUGAAAUAUGCUGUAAUGAUGAAAAUUAAAUAGUGGAAAUGGAUUGCAAACAUAAAAUAUGCUUAGAAUGUUUUAAAAUUGCAGUUGUACCAAAAGAAUUAUGUCCAUUUUGUAAAUAAAUUGUGAAUCAAAUUUUGGUAGAGAAUAAGAUCUUAAAUAUAACAGAGUUUGAAAAACCAAAAGAAAAUGAAAAAAAUUUUGUAUAAAAUUAUAUCUAAAAAUAGUUUGAAGAAUCUCAUUUUGAAUUGGUUAAUGAACAAUUUUUUGAUGAAGACAUAAGAAUUUUAAUAAUUAAUUUAAAUAGAGCUAAUCAAUUUAUGAUGCGAACCAUUCGUUAAACAGAUUCUUAGUUUAAUUUAAAAUGGUUUAUUUAUGAUCAAAUAUCUGAAUAGAUAAUAAAUUUAAAAUUUACAAAUAGUUUGGAAAUGUUUUAAUAAGUAUUUUGAUUUAUGAUUAUUAGAUUAAUAAUCUCAAUAUUUGUUUGAAUUUGAUUUAAUCUAAUAAUUGGGAUAAAGAAUAAUUUCAGAAUUAUAAAGAUGCUUACAAUAUUUAAAAUAUGGAAGAUAAUUAUUAAUUUAUACUUUAGAAUAAAACUAAGAAGAAUAAGAAAAGAAAAUAAAAACAAUGA